AUGUCGCGCCCACUAUUAUUCACAAUUUUCGCUAUUAUUUGUUUUCCACAAGUAUUUUCAAUUGAAUGUUAUAAUGGCCUAAAAUUGAUUCAAGGUACGAAUGUGGGCACGGCGACGAUUCGCUGCGACAAUUCCGCCGCCUAUUGCUAUAAUAUGACAGCUUCAACAAAUGUGUUGAUCGACGUGAUGAAGGCUGGAUGCAGCAUGUGGAGAUGCAUGUUCGCCCAGAAUAAGUGUAUCUCGACGAAUUUCAAAGGCAUUCCGAUCUCAUUGUGCUGCUGCAACACGAAUUUCUGCAAUGUUCCGCAGAACAAUGGAAACGGAAAUGUGAUACACCCUCAAAAAACUGGCGGCUGGAAUGCGGAGCCGGAGCACACGCAGAAGGUCUGGACAAAAGAUGAGGUUGAGCGAACGUUCAAUUCCGCCGAAAUUGAUGACGACGAAACGCAUUCAACCACACGCGCCGCCCGUUUGACAACGCAAAAUCGCACCGAGACCCAUACAUUGAACGAGACGACGGCUCUUGGCGAUGAGAUCGAGGUUUUAUUAUGA